GCAGUCUCCACUGCCGCCAAAAACAAACCAUAGCUAGUAAUGAUGGUGUCAGAGGAAGAGGCAACGGCUAUCCGCAAGUUCGUGUGUGGUCAACUCCGCGGUGAGCCGAAUCUCAGCACGCUGACCUUAGGGAUUUUAAAAAAGCGAUACUUGGCACAUGUGCGAUGUGAAACUUUAGGUCCAGAAGCCAGAAACAUCAUGAAACUGGUUGUUAAAGAGGAACUGAUUAAAAUGCAGGACAGUGACGAGAAUGGAAGUGAGUUGGAGACCAGCAAGAGGCCCCAAAACAAAAGGAAGAGAGAAAAGGAAAGGGACGAAGUGAUUAGUGGGGAUGAUGAUGAAUCAACAGCAAAGAAAUCACGUCGUCAGUUAAACUCGUCAUCAGAAUCGGUGGAAAAAGACAACUGCAAAACAGGAAGUGAGAGUGAAGAAGAGGGAAAUAAUUCUGAAUAUGAGGAUGCAGAGCAAGAGGUGAAACAAUCACUGCGAAAGACAAAUGCAAAAGGUAAACAACAGAUUAGUAGUAAAGACUCAACAGAUGAGGAAAUUAAUAAAUCGGAAGAAAACAAGGAGAAAGAGAAGAGUCUCUGUGAAGACAAUCCAAAAGUGAUGAAGAAAGCUAAUGCUACAAAGAAUGGAGGGAAAAGAAGCAGCAAUACAAGUCAAGGAGAGAAAACACCUCAGAGCAAUGAAGAGAAUGAAACUGACACGGAUGGCAAGUCAGAAAAGAGUGAGAAAAUCAACGGCAAUGACUCCUCAGACGACAGUGAAAAUGAAGAAAAGGUAAAAAAUAACGACUUAGACUCUGAUUCAUCGUCACUCCCCUCAUUGGAGGAUGAACAGCAUGGCAGAAAAGAAAAAACACAAGAUGAUAAAAAGAAGAAAGCCACAAAAAAAGAGGAGGAAAAAGAAAAGACCGCCAAGAGUCAAAAGGAUGACGACAAAGCUGUUGUGAGGCUCAAGCGGUACAUUUCUCUUUGUGGUGUGAGGCUGAAUUACAAGAAGCUCCUGGACGGCUGUCGCUCUGUCCGCUCCCAGGUGGCUGCCCUGAAGAAGGAGCUUGAAGGUCUUGGUGUCCAUGGUCAGCCAUCUAUAAUGAAAUGCAAAAAAGUCAGAAUGAAAAGAGAGGAAUCUCAGGAACUAGCUGAGCUCGAUGUCAGUAACAUCAUUGCCACAGAAGGUCGACCGAAACGCAGAGCAACCUCAGCAUGGCAGGAACAACAUAACGCUCCGACCUCUACAUACCUGCGCUCUCUGAACUCUGGCUCUGACAGUGACGAGGAAAGCAAUACACACCGAGGGCGGAGGAGAGCCACCGACUGGACCAACCUGCAGGGGGUCAUCAGUGACGAUGCAGAGAGCAACUGACUGACACCUCCUCUUGUGCUGUCAAGACGCCAUUUAGAUACUGACAUUCCCUUUUCUUUGUACAACUUGAGGUUUAUAGGUUAUUUUUACAUAUAUAUAUAUAUUGUAAUGUUAUAUUUCAAAUAAAGCUAUUGUGAUCUUA